GAAAAAGUGUGGGAUGUAAAUAUUUAUUAUUGUUGUAUUAAAAAAAAAAAAAACCCUGAUUACAAAAAAAAGAUUUGCUUCAUGUUAACUGCAUAACAUAUUAGUAGAUUCAAAUUGUUUUAAAUCAUUUAAAAUUGUUUUGAAUCGUUCCAAAUAAUUUUUCUUAACCAGGGCUGAUAGAAAUUUCGAUUGAGUUCCAAUCAGAACUCAAUCAUAGUUUUGAAUCAGAACUAGACAUUGACGUGUACUUUCUAAUAUUUAUGUAAAUGAAAUUAAAAGAAAAUUUAUGACCGUGUUGACAAACGACUUAUAUGCGCCAACAUGUUGCGCAUGUACAAUUUUUGCGCGUAUUCAAGACAUCAUUAAAUAUUCAUCAAAACAUUUAUGAAGGAUUAAUAAAAUUUCUGUGGCAAUAAAUUAUUAACUAUAAAACUAAAAUUAAAUUAAUAUUGCUAUUUACUUGUGACAUUUCUAACAUUUAAAUCUAAGUAACCUAGUAAAUUAUUGCAAUGACAAAUCUUAGAAAUACAAUGGAGUCUGUAGAUCGUGAUCAUGAUGGAUUUAAUAAUUAUGUUAAAUCAAUCACUAGCAAAUAUGCGAAAAUGAAGAAAAAUGUCAAUGAGUUUAUGAUUGAUGCAAAAGUUUAUGAAUUUUUUGAUCAAGUUAUAAAAUAUUUAAUGUCUCAUCCAGUCUUAUCAGCUAUUUGUCUCUUAAUAUUGGCUUCAUUUACAAUACCUAUUUUUUUAUUCGUAUCAUUUACUAUUAUUAACAUUGCAUUUGCAUUUACUGGUUUCAUUAUUGUCCAAGUUGCAGUACUUUCAGUUGGAGCAACAGUAUUAUGUUCAAUACUAUUUUGCGUAUUAUCAAUAGUUGCAGUCAUUGGAAUAAUUUGUGUCCUAACAUGGUCAAUUGCUUAUUAUUUACUGACAUUUAUGAGAAACAUCCAGAGAGUCCGAUAA